AUGGCACAAAAUGCGGCGUCAACGGCUGCGACAAACAGUGGCGCUACUACUGGAGGGGUCAUGCCAAUAUCAAUGCCCAAACUAUUGCUCUCCAUGGCGCCCCUCCUCGUCGUCGUUGGGCUGGCUUCCAGAACAAUGGGAUUACAACUGGAACAAACCAUGGUAACAAGUGCUCUUCGGACCCUGCUUCAACUGAGUCUUCUCGGCGGUAUUCUUCGACCGAUCUUUCAAAUACAAAAUUUCUGGUUAGUACUGGGACACUGUCUAUUCAUGAUGAUUCUAGCAGUUCAAGUGGCCUGUGGAAAAUCCAACUACAUUUUCCCUGGCCAAUUCGAUUCCAUUUUGACCUCAAUUCUUCUCAGUGUCGGUGGUACAGGUCUCUUUGCGUUUGGUGUCAUUAUCAAGCCGAAACCUUUGUGGAAUCCUCAAUACGUCAUUCCCAUGGUGGGAAUGUUGCUGGGCAACUCGCUGAACGGAAUGGCUCUGGCCAUGAAUACGCUAUGUCGUGGGCUCAUGGAACAAGGACGUGAAAUCGAGUUGUACCAAACUUUUGGAGCCAAUCAAUCCGAAGCCAUGGCACGGUUGGUCAAGGAUUCCAUUCGAGCCGGGACACUUCCCUUACUCAAUAAUAUGGCCGUGAUUGGAUUGGUUUCCAUUCCUGGCAUGAUGACCGGACAAAUUUUGGGAGGUUCACCAGUUGGUCAAGCAGCGAGGUACCAAGCCAUGAUUAUGUACUUUAUUGCACUAGCAACCUUUGGAGCAAUUCUAUUGCAAGUCCGGGCCAUUUCCAAUGUGGGGUUGGAUCCUCACACGCAAAUCCUACAGACGGACCAUUUUGAAAAGAUGCCAGAGGAGGGUGUCUCCUUUUGGUCGUUGGUGAAGGGCUCCAUGUUGCUGUCCAUGUUGACUACUCGUGGCAUUGGAAAACAAACUACACCUACACUUAACGAAAUCUACCAAAAAGACGUCUUUGAUAAAGACUACAAGGAACUAUUGCAAAUACAACAAUUGAAACAAACGGAAAAAGACAGCUGUGUCGACGCCGAAGUUGCAGACAGUGGCGUGUGUGCGGGCACGAGUAGCGUACUGGAGAUGGUUGGCUUGACACAAUCCAUUUCACUACUUUCUAAAAGUGGUAAAGGCGACUCUAAUGAUCAUGGAAUAGCGAAAUCCAAGAUACUCUUUCAAGAGUUAUCCUUUCGACUGAAUUCUGGAGACAUUUAUCAAGUUGGUGGACCGAGUGGGAGCGGCAAAUCUCAGCUCUUGCGAGGCAUUGGACUACUUACACCCCUGACAAGUGGAACGAUUCGUCUGGAGAACAAGCACCAAGAUGUCGUGAACCCAAGUGAGUGGCGGAAACAAGUUCGAUAUGUGACCCAAUACAAGGUUGAAAUACCGGGUACACCACGAGAGUUUGUGCGCAAGAUUAGCCACUUUGAGUCUUGGAAGCAUGCCAACGAACCAAUAUCGGAAGAUGAUAUGAUUGACACCAUUCGCUCCUUCUUGCAAGAGUGGGGACUGACGGAUACUGCAUUGGAUCAAGAGUGGUCUACGCUAUCGGGAGGAGAAGCUCAGCGAAUGAUUCUGGCAAUCGCCUUGGCGUCCAAGCCAAGAGUAGUGCUAUUGGACGAAUCCACUUCGGCAUUGGAUCUGAAAUCCAAGCUUGCCGUGGAACAAAGUGUGGCUAGAUAUGCCCACAGUCAUGGAAUUCCAACGAUAUGGGUGAGUCAUGAUCCAGGCAUGGCCGAACGAUACUCUUCUAGAGACUCAUUAUGA